ACGAGCUGCAAGAGAAUGGAGCUGAAUAGUAUGGAGAAGACUAGUCAAGAGAGAGGGAGAAACAACAAGGCCUUUCAGUCAGAGGAGCAGGAUCAAAUAAACAUUGAUGUGGCCUCUGAAAUUGCACACGAUACAGACGAGGCACAGAAAAUGACCGAUCAACAGGAAAAAAGUUUGCUGGAGAAGAAAAUGGAGGAAGUCCAGGGUUAUUUGGCAGAGCACAGAGACCAGAUCCGCCUGUUUCUAUGCCUGGUCUUAGCAGCAGGCUUUGUUACCAUAGUGAUAGCAGCAUGCGUUCUGAACUUCCACCGGGCAUUCAAUCUUCUGGUCCUCUCCUUGGUAACUGUAUUCUUUCUGGCCUGGGAUUGGAUGAUGGAGCGCUAUGGCAACUGGGCGUGGGAGGAGCUCUAUCCUAUUAGAGACCGUCUCAGCCAAAACUGGUUCUGGAUCAGAUGGAUUAUAUAUGUGUCGGUGCUGGUGGCUGUUGUGUGCUGGCUUGCACUGGACACCGCCCAGCGGGGGACCAGACAGCUUGUGUCUUUCUUUGGUUUGCUGCUCUUCAUCUUCUUAAUUGCGCUGUUCUCAAAACACCCAUUCAAGUGGUCUUGGCAAACUUUGCUUUGUGGGAUUGGGCUACAGUUUGUCUUUGGUCUGCUGACUCUCAGGACCACAUUUGGCUUGGGCGCACUGGAAUGGCUUGGAAAACAAACAGAGAUUUUUAUGUCUUUCACAAAUGGUGCGUCUCAAUUUAUAUUUGGUGACAGUUACAACGACCACUCCUUUGUCUUUAAGGUGAUGCCUAUACUGGUUUUUUUAAGCUCUGUCAUCUCCACCCUCUACUAUAUUGGCUUCAUGCAAUGGCUUGUUUGCAAGCUUGGUUUCAUGAUGAGGGUUGUCAUGGGAACGUCUCCAACAGAAUCAGUGGCUGCAGCUGGGAAUAUAUUCCUGGGACAGACAGAGACACCGCUCCUGAUUAGUCCUUACAUGAGUGUACUAACUCUCUCUGAGAUCCAUGCUGUGAUGACAGGAGGUUUUGCCAGCAUCUCUGGUUCCAUUUUAGGAGCCUUUAUCUCCAUUGGGAUUGACCCAACACACUUGUUGACAGCGUCACUGAUGUCCGCUCCAGCCUCCCUAGCCAUCGCCAAGACCUUCUGGCCUGAGACCGAGACACCGACAGCUACCAAUGCAUAUGAUGUCAAAAUAAACAAAGGAGAGAAUAAGAAUGUGUUGGAUGCAUUGUCCCAAGGUGCAUGCGAUGCUAUUGGGGUGGUUGCCAGCAUUAUAGUCAACCUCAUUUCCUUCCUGGCCCUGUUUGCAUUUUUGGACGCCAUCCUCUCCUGGCUGGGCGGGAUGUUUGAUUGUCCACAGCUCAGCUUUGCGCUCAUUUGCUCUUAUGUGUUCAUGCCUCUCUCCUUCAUGAUGGGUGUUUCCUGGGAGGACAGUUUCAUUGUUGCUGAGCUGCUUGGCAUAAAAACUUUCCUGAAUGAGUUUGUGGCCUAUCAGAAGUUGUCGGAGUUAAUUAUGAGGCGGAAGGCAGGAGGGCCGGAAUAUGUGAAUGAGGUGAAGCAGUAUAUUUCUGUCCACUCUGAAACCAUCGCAACCUAUGCUUUGUGUGGAUUUUCCAACUUUGCUUCACUGGGGAUGACAAUUGGAGGGCUGUCGGCCAUGCAUCCUGAGAGACGGUCCGACUUUUCCAGCUGUGGCCUCAGAUCUCUCAUUGCAGGGAGCGUCUCCUGUUUAAUGACAGCUUGUAUUGCAGGUAUGUUGUACAUCCCUGAUCUCCAGUGCCCACAGUUCCUGAGCACACACUUCAGCAGCACCAACGUGACCAGCAGCACACAACUGCUCACCUGCUGCACAAUGCUAUAUAACAGCGUGACGGUUCAUGAGCCAUUGAACGUGUCGAUCGGGGAAGGAUUCAGUCAGAGCAGUCUGUGGGGCUGCUGCACUCAUACCCCCCUACACUUCAACUGCAGCUUGGUGCUUUGAAUCACUGACAACAAAUGCACACAUCUCAGUGGCAGAAAUAUGCUGCUUUUUUUACAUUUGAUGUACAGUUUAAAAUCCAUUUUCAAUGAACUUCCCCUGUACUGGUUUUGUUUGUGUGUGUGUGGGUGUUACAGGUAACUGGAUUUUUUCACAGCAUUGGAAAGUAAUUAAGUACAUUAACUCAAGCUCUGUAUAUAUUUGUACUUUAAUUGAGUAUUUCCACUUUCUGUUGAUUUAUCCAUCAGCAUUUUAAUUCAGAGGAUGAUGAAAUACUUUUUACACCACUACAAUUUUUGUGAUAAGUUAUUGUCACUUUGCAUAUUAUCAAAUAUAAA